AUGCACGGACGCACGAUCCUUCUUGUUGCAUCCUUGGUGUUGCCGCUGAUCGCUGCGCCUUUGCCGUGGCAUGAGAGUAGCUCCCUAAACGCUGAAAUCAAUCGUCGCGACGAAGUUUCCUUGGCCGAAGAACUUCCUGAUGUCCUUAAACGUAACCCAAUAAUCGAAGCACUACCGGUGGAGGCUCGGCCUGACAUCGUCAUUGAGGGCAAGCGUGAAGAGUCUCUGACGAAUGUUAAAGAAGAAGUCGACGAGGAUGAUGUAGAUAUUGGAGAUAAGAUUGCGGAUCACACCUCUGAGAAGAGGGUGAUCCGUCCAACAGAUGGCUGGCACAAGAGGGUGAUCCGCCCAACAGAUGGCUGGCACAAGAGAGUGAUCCGUCCAACAGAUGGCUGGCACAAGAGGGUGAUCCGUCCAACAGAUGGCUGGCACAAGAGGGUGAUCCGCCCAACAGAUGGCUGGCACAAGAGAGUGAUCCGUCCAACAAGUGGCUGGAGAAAGAUCAAAAAGUCGUUCGUCGACCGGGCCUAUGGAAUGCUUUUUGGUUGA